AUGGCUGCAGAUUCUAGAGUCCCAGUUGCCCUCAUCGGGGGUGGUACGAUUGCGCCCCUCCAUGCGAAAUAUCUCAUGCUUUCACCAAACUGCCGUCUCGUUGCUCUCAUUGAUCCUUUUGAGCCGGGAAAGAUACUGGCUUCGAGCCUGAGUGUACCUCAUUUCGAAUCUGUUGCCGCACUGCUCGCUUCGCCCGUCGACAAUCCGGAUGGAUACAUUAUCUGUGUUCCCUCCAGCCUGCAUGUGAAAGUUGCCACAGAAGUUAUCAUCUCUGCUUCCCCCAAAGCCAUUCUCAUUGAAAAGCCAAUCGCAACGGAAUCGCAACCAGCAAUGGAACUGCUCGAACUCGCGCGCGAAAAGUCGUGCCAGAUUCUCGUGGGUCACCACCGUCGAUCCCACCCGUCUAUUGUCGCGUCUAGAAAGGCAAUUGAGGGUGGCAAGAUUGGAAAAAUAAUCUGCGUGUCAUGUCUCUGGGUCACCAAAAAGGACUCCGGUUAUUUCGACUUGGCAGCUUGGCGCUCCUCUCGUUCAGCCGGGGGCGGGCCCGUCUGGACCAACCUGAUACAUGACAUUGAUAUGGUGCACUACCUGACCGGCUCGCGCAUUACACAAGUCUGGUCCAUCCCGUCAACCCGUCUCAGAGAACACCUGGAAACUCGCUCCUCGGAUCUUGUUGAAGAGGGAGCAGCAGUCAUGGCCCAGUUUGAGGAUGGGGUGGUCGGUACUUUUCUUCUGAGUGAUAAUAGUGUCAGUCCAUUCAAUUGGGAAUCUGCGGCCGGAGACAACCCAUCGUACCCAAAGGCAAGUCGUCCGGUUGACUGCUAUCGUGUUUUUGGGUCUAAAGGUACCUUGAGUGGCCCUGAUGGGACUGUCUGGUCGUACAGCCCAGGGCAAGCUGAACAGUUGGGCUUGGAGGAGGGAUGGAACAUCCCAAUCUCGUGUGAACUGGUAGAGGCUCGUGAGGGAAUCCCAUUUCAGAAUCAGACGGAGCAUUUUUCAAAGGUAAUCCAGGGAUUGGAAGAACCAAUUUGUUCUGGGAAAGAUGGAGUUGCAGCGGUGAAGGUGUGUGAGGCUGUUAUUCAAGCUUUGGAUCGGAAUGAUGGGAUGCCUGUUGCUAUCUAG